AUAUAGAUGAGUGCAGUGAAUCAGUUGUCUGUGGUGAUCAUGCAGUAUGUGAAAAUGUGAAUGGUGGGUAUAACUGCUCCUGCAAGGAAGGUUAUCAGACAUCCACAGGAAAAUCACACUUCACACCUAAUGAUGGCACUUACUGUCAAGAAAAUGUGAAUGCAAACUGCCAUUUAGAUAAUGCCUGCAUUGCUGCAAAUAUUAAUAAAACUUUAACGAAAAUUAGACCCAUAAAAGAACCUAUGGCUUUACUACAAGAAGUCUACAGAAAUACUCUGACAGAUCUUUCACCAGUGGAUAUAAUUACAUAUAUAGAAAUAUUAGCUGAAUCAUCCCCAUUACUAGCUUACAUGAAUAACACUAUCUCAGCUAAGGACAGCCUUUCUAAUUCAACUCUUACUGAAUUUGUAAAAACGUUGAAUAAUUUUGUUCAAAAGGAUACAUUUACAGUCUGGGACAAGUUAUCUGCAAAUCAUAGGAUAACUCAUCUUACAAAACUGAUGCACACUGCUGAACAAGCUACCUUAAGGAUAUCUCAGAACUUGCAAAAGACCACUCAGUUUGAUACUAAUUCAAGUGACAUAGUAAACAAACAAGGUACAUUUUCUGAAAUAAUCAUUGCAUAUGUCUUUACUGCAUUGAAUGGAGAUUAUAUAAAGAUAUUUCCAAAGAGAAAAGCUGCAUAUGAUUCAGAUGGCAAUGUUGCGGUUGCAUUUUUAUACUAUAAGAGUAUUGGUCCCUUGAUUUCAUCAUCUGACAAUUUAUUAUUGGAACCUCAAGAUUAUGGUAACUCUGAAGAGGAGGAAAGAGUCAUCUCUUCAGUAAUUUCAGUCUCAAUUAAGUCAAGCCCACCAACAUUGUAUGAACUUGAAAAAGUAACAUUUACUUUAAGUCACAUAAAGACCAUAGAUAAGUAUAGGAGUCUAUGUGCAUUUUGGAACUAUUCACCUGAUACCAUGAACGGCAGAUGGUCUUCAGAGGGCUGUGAACUGAUGUAUUCCAAUGAGACCCACACCUCAUGCUGCUGUAAUCACCUGACACAUUUUGCAAUUUUGAUGUCUUCUGAUCAUUCCAUUGGUAUUAAAGAUUAUAAUAUUCUUACAAGAAUCACUCAACUAGGAAUAAUUAUUUCAGUGAUUUGUCUUGCCCUAUGCAUUUUUACCUUCUGGUUCUUCAGUGAAAUUCAAAGCACCAGGACAACAAUUCAUAAAAAUCUCUGCUGUAGCCUGUUCCUUGCUGAACUUGUUUUUCUUAUCGGGAUCAAUACAAAUACUAAUAAGCUCUUCUGCUCGAUCAUUGCUGGGCUGCUACAUUACUUCUUUCUAGCUGCCUUUGCAUGGAUGUGCAUUGAAGGCAUACACCUCUAUCUCAUUGUUGUGGGAGUCAUCUACAACAAAGGAUUUCUGCACAAGAAUUUUUAUAUCUUUGGCUAUCUCAGCCCAGCUGUGGUAGUUGGAUUUUCAGCAGCAUUAGGAUACAGAUAUUAUGGCACCACCAAAGUAUGUUGGCUUAGCACAGAAAACAAUUUUAUUUGGAGUUUUAUAGGACCAGCAUGUCUAAUCAUUCUUGUUAAUCUCUUGGCUUUUGUAGUUAUCAUAUACAAAGUUUUUCGUCACACUGCAGGAUUGAAACCAGAAGUUAGUUGCUAUGAAAAUAUAAGGUCUUGUGCGAGAGGAGCCCUUGCUCUCCUGUUCCUUCUUGGCACCACCUGGAUCUUUGGGGUUCUUCAUGUCGUGCACGCAUCAGUGGUGACAGCUUACCUCUUCACGGUCAGCAACGCCUUCCAGGGGAUGUUUAUUUUCUUAUUCCUGUGUGUUUUAUCCAGAAAGAUCCAAGAAGAGUACUAUAGAUUGUUCAAAAAUGUCCCUUGUUGUUUUGGAUGUUUAAGGUAAACUUAGUAACUAUGGAUAAUUAUAGCUGCGGAAAAAUUAAACAUACAAGUUGUGGAUGACUAAUGUAUAAAAAUGACUUGAUCAAAUUAUCCAGUUAUUAAUUGCUAGAUACUAAAAUAUUUUAAACCAGUUUUAUUGUUUACAGUAUAGGAACUGCAGAUAAUGAGGAAAAAUUAUCUAUUGGAUAGCCAUAGUAUGCUUUUCUACGUGAUACAGUUAGCGAUGUCAAAAAUAGUAUUGUAGAUAUUUGUAAAGUAAUUGGUUUCUCAGGAGUGACAUCACUGUGCCCAAGGAAAGAUUUUCUUUCUAACACAAGAAAUACAAAAAAUAUAUGAAUGUCCUGAAGCAAACCACUGGCUUGAUAUUUUUGUGAUUCAUUUUGCCUUUUGAAACUAGUCCCCUACCACCUUGGUAAUGAGCUCUGUUAGGGGAAGUGGAACACAAGAGAAUAAAGGGGCAGAAUACAAAGCAGUAAAAAAGAAUGGCUGUUAUAACAAUGAGAUGUAUUUUGAAUAAAUUUGUUUUUCUGUGAACAAGAUAAAUUGUUGAGAUAAAUAAAGAAUUGAAUAAACACAUCUUAGUAUUUUGUGAAUUGUUCCAACUUAAAUAUUUACAAAAACAACUCAUAUCUAUUUACUAUAUCAAUUUCUUUCAUAAUAGUCUAGAAAAAAAUGCACAAAUUUUUAAAAAUCUGUUUUUAACUUAAGAUUGAGCUAUAUUCUGUUUCUCUACUUAUUUUACAGAUUGUGAAUUCAGAUGCUUAAUCAGAAAAAUAUUAAUGUGUCAAAAUAUUGUUUGUCUGUAAAUGUAAAAAUAGUGUAUAUAAAGCUCAAGUAUUCUAUUCUAUAACCUUUCAGUAUAAUGCAAAAUAUCCUAUCUCAUUAGACUAGUAUAUUCAAAUUCUUUAUUAUUCUUAAAUUUAGAAAUAUUGUAGUUCAUACUGCAAUGCUACCUUUUAAUUUACUAUUUUUUAAAGGGCACUGUAAAUAUGAAAGUAGUCAUAAAGUGAAUUGUUAUUUUUUGUUGUUGUUCAGAAAAGUACACAUUUAAAAAUGUUAUUUAUAACAAAGAAAUCACUGUAGAAGUUUUUGCAGUGGAUCUAUUUUCUGACAGUUUUUUUACCAUCUAUUAAAGCAUAUCUGCUUAAAUGUAUGUCUUCUAUCUAUCCUCAAAUCUUCUCAUUAAAAUGUAGAAGUGGUAGUUUUAUUUCAAAAAUGUGUAAUUGUUCCUCACCUACCUGUAAAGUGUGCCAACAUACUCAGUGCUGCAAUUUUAAAUUAAUUUCUCCAGCUGUUAAAAUGAAGUCGGUCAAAUCUUGCUCUAACAAAUAAAAUGUUAUCUAAAUGAA